AGACACUGAGAAGCAAACCAGACAGAAAGGACUAUCUCUGAAUUUGGACUGUUGGCAUCUCAGAGGACCAAAUCCUUAGGUAUCCUGAUAUUUGGAAAACGAAUAUCUUUCACUCAUAUUUUAUAACUUGUCUCAGAAAAAUGCUUGGAGAAGCCUUCCUAACUGAAUUCUUCUACAAAGAACAGAAACAUGCAAAACUUUACAAACCACUACGAUGCAAGAAGACGCCAAAUGACAAAAAGGAAAAUUGGGAAAAUAAGCUUUUAGAUACACAGGACAAUUCACUUCCCCUUUUAAAGACUGGAAGUCAAGAGAAAGUUAUAGAAGGAAGUCUAACUGAACAAGACAAUGAUACAUCACAAAUGAAAUGUGUGGAUGAUCUAACUGUUGCAAAAUGCAAAAGUACAGCUCUUCCAGGAAAUGUAUCUGUUGCACUGCCCAUUCCAAAGAGGGGACAUGAUGAAACACAACUGGAUUUAUAUCGAUCCUGGUCAUGUACAAGUAUUUGCCAGAAUUACCCUGACCUACAGAUAGGAGGUGACCAUAUUAGAAACAUGUACGAUUCCGGCUGCUUUGUGGAACACAUACAUGAUGAUGUUUGCAAUGGUCCUCUUUUACUUUCCGUGGACAUACCAUUGGGACACUCUGCUAAAAUUGAACCUCUAGAGAAAACAUCUAACUCAAAAGUAGUCAAUGGUGAUGAAAUUCGAGAAAAAAGCAUGCUAUUACAUAAGCAACCUCUCUCUAAUUCUAUGCUUAAUAAUUAUAUGGAAAGAAAGGUGGAUGAACUCUAUAAACAGUUUCUGGAAGAAAAUCUUACCAGGUGCCUCUCUAUAACCAACCUCAUGGCUUCUAGCAUAUUAAUGAACAAUGUGAAUCAAAUUAGCCUUCAGAUUUCUCAAGAGCAGAACAUAGAGCCAUCCAAAGCCCGAGAAGCCCUUCUUCACUCUUUAGCACUAUAUAAUCUUUGCAAUGUUUCCCACGGAAACAGUACGGAAUUAAGCACCCCUAACUUACAAAUAUCAAACCAGGCUAUUCGGGAAUUUGUAUGACAUCUAUAAAGGGAAUCAACUAAAGAUUGAAUUAGAAACUACAAUAACAAUUGUGUUCUCUAACUCUUUAGGUCUCAAAGUUUCCUUUGUGGUGGUGUUAUUUUUUUGAAAAAUUAUUUUGUUUCAUUUGAAUUCUUAUAAGAGAUAAGUACAAUAAAUAUGUUUUGUGACCACUUAUGUUUUCUUUCUUUUUUGACCCCUUUAGUAGUUUCCACACUUGAGUUAGUAUGCUCUGUAUGUACAUAUUGUCACUAAGUUUUGUUUAUGACAAUGGAGCUGUAUCAAAAUCUUUUUAGAGGCAUAUGAUCAAUGUUUCAAUAAUCAUCCUCUUAUUUAUGGUACACAUGACCAUUUACACUGACAACUAGGAUAUCCUGGGAGAAUUUUUUUGCAUGUGCAUAUACUAUUUUUGUAUGUAGAUUUGAAGAUGCUAUAGAAAAAAUACAAUUUAUCUGAUAUUUGUAAGAGAGUUUGAUGGAAAGAUUAAACAAAAAUAGAAAAUUUAGUUGGUUCCAUUUGAAUUAAACUUUAUUUUAUUUUAAACUCUACUGACACAAGAAUUACAUUUUUUAUAUUACUGUUUUACUCCUGGUUGUUUUUGAAUCUGAGAGGAGGGAAGCUGCACAGGUUGAGUGACUAAAGUGUAUAUAGCAAACCAUCAUCUACUUCUGAGAUUCUCUUGGCAAUGUUUUACAUUAUUUAGAUUCUCUAUAAUCAUGAUCUUAAUGUAAAAUAAAAUAAAAUGUAUAAAGUUUGAAAUUUAAAGUAAAUUAACCUAAUACACAUUUAAAAAUGUUAUAUUCUAUUGCCAAAUUGGAAACAAGACCUCAUGACUAAACACUCACAUUAUUCCUAUGAAUAGUGAAAUGAUCAUUUCUUGUAAACACAGUGCUUCUGUUAUAAACUUCUUUUGAAUAUAUAAUAUUUAAUAAGUUUAUUAUUAACAAUGUCUUCAGAAUAAGUCCUUGUUCUUUAUUAAGUUCUAUAGAAUGAACCAGUUCAAUGUCCUCAUAACUUGUGAUUUUUUAAAUCACACAUUUUCCUUCAGUCCCAUAACUUGAACUACUUCGAAUACCUUACUUUUUCUCUCCCUCACUCCUCAUCAUCUGUCAUAUUUGUUCAAUCAGUUUCAAUCAUUCAGAUGUUUGAUUCUGAAAAGACAAUGGGCAACAGUUUUUGGAAAACUGAUUUACUGUCAUGUAGAGACUGAAAAUAUAGUGUAUAUUGUCUGGUGCUUUGUUUGAUUUUAAUAUUUCAAUGCAGAUUAUCCACAUGAAAAUACAUUUUAUUAAAGUUUGUACUUUAAAAAUUUAAUGAAAUAUAUUUAUACAGCAUUCUUGUGGGUAAUUUUCUUAAGCAUAGUAAUGUGUAUUAAUACUUUCUUUAUAUAGCAGAUAUAUCCAUGGUAUUGAGGUUAUGUCGUACUAUAUAAAACAAUAAUGUUUAGCUAAUAUCAAAUUUGAUACUGCAUUUGUAGCUUCAGCUAAAAAAUUACACUUUUCUAUGCUUAUUCUUCCAUUUCAUCAAAAUACAUAUUAUAUGCUGUCACCUGAUUAAAAUGGCCUAAAAUUAAUGCAAUAAUUAAAUAAAGAUGGUAUAUUUUGUGUGCUGCUUUAUUGUGACCUCAUACCUGCUUACUUCAGUAUUGGAAUAAAAUAUUCAUAU